UUUUGGUUCCUGACCCUGCACCUAUCCGCCUAUACACCCCACACAGAGUCGCGACUUGCGGAGGAACACAGACGUACAGACGUCGUGUGAGUCGGAAUCGAUCAAGCGCUUGGACCCCUGAUUGCCGACAAACAGUGGUCGUUUGUCGCUCAACUGAACGGGGUGCCUUCCAGCCAACCUCGCGAGGCCUUGGCCCAGAUUCCCGCAUUCUCGGUUACGAAAUCAGAGGACCUCCCCCACCGCUGUGACACUGUUGGAAGAAUAUCCUGCGGCUCCGCGUUUGAAAUAUACCUCAACUGAUUCCCAAACCAUCCCUGACGCCCGCGUUUCCGCUUGCUGCUGGGUUGGGUCAUGGAUAUCACAACCAUCUUGAACAGAAAAGGUUCUACCGCUAUGGUUGCCGGAGAAUCACCAUUUGACCAGCAACAGUUUGUGUCAAACCAUAGCCUGGAGAACAACUCGCCCAAAUUGAAACCGGAGCCCGGGAUCUCGGAAUCUGGGGAUCAGCCGGUCCUGUCGUAUCCGCCCCAUGCGCCCCUCGGUCAGGUGUCCGGUAUGCAGCAAGACAUGCGCUACUCGCAACCCCAUCAGACCCCCGCAUUGCCGCUUCUGCAAAAUCCGUAUCUCCCGGGGGGGUAUGCGACAACGGCCCAGCUUUCCAACGGUGCUCCGGGCAGGACCGAGCCUCCUCCCAAGACAUUCCACUGCUCGACCUGCAAUAAAGGGUUUGCCCGCCGCAGCGACCUUGCCCGUCAUGAACGAAUCCACACCGGCGUUAGGCCGCAUGCUUGUGAUUGGCCAGGCUGUGGGAAGCAAUUCAUCCAGCGCUCCGCCUUGACGGUACACUCGCGUGUCCACACGGGCGAAAAGCCACACAUGUGUGAAAGAUGUGGCAAGCCCUUCAGUGAUUCGUCUUCCUUGGCUCGUCACCGCAGGAUCCACUCGGGCAAGCGGCCUUACAAAUGCCCGUACGCGAAUUGCCAAAAGACCUUCACGCGUCGCACAACCCUGACACGGCAUCAAAAUCACCACACGGGUACCAUCGAAGAAGCCGCCGCAGAGACCGAAGCCAACCUGCGACAAAACAAGGAGAGGGGGAGGCUGCCGGGGGAUAGCAUGUUCCCCGACACCGACUCGGUCCAUUCCACUCCGUCUCCGGCUCAUCAUCCCAUCUCCCCGGGUGGCGAGCUUCCCCCGCUGAACAUGCCUCGUCAAGAGUAUUACAUGGGGAACGGAUCGAUUCCGCCCCAUGUUCGCGGCGACUUUGUUCAACCCAGCCCGCGAGCCUCCCCCACGGCUACAUCGCCGUCGCUGUCCACCUACAGUAACCCGCACCCUCGACCGUCCAUGACCUCGCAUCCGAGUGCCUACGCUCCGCCGCAGCCUCUGGAGCCGCCUGCGAACAACGACCACCGGCCCAACAGCGUCAGUGGAAGCCCGCACAUGACCAGUCUGGGCUGGGCAUCCCCGUCGCACGGGAGUAUCCCUUCUCCGGGAUCCGCGAAUGACUACGCGCCGUACCCGGACUCGGGUGGAUCCACGUAUGCGAGCUCGAUGCCCCCUCACAUGUACUUUCCCAACUCCACGAUCCGACGGCCUACCAGCACCGAGCCCGAGAACUACGAGAUGAGGCCCCGACUGGGUGAAAGCCCGUGGUCUACGCCUGUCUAGAGACUCGACUUGAUCACAUCUCUUGGGUUUUACCAAGAUCAAUUAUUUUAUUCCGCAAUCUCCUUUGUUCUUUCCCCGAUUGUUUCUAUUGAUGUUCUGUUGUUUAUCCUGCAUAGCAUUUGGUCACUUUCCAUUAUUCUGUCGUUACUUCAUCACUGGU